GGUUCAAAAGCGUGAAAAAUAUGCCGCGUCAUUCCAGCCGCAACCCGCGCCUAUCUAGAGCACUCCCUUGCGGGCGAGGAACCAGCCUUGUGACGUUGAGACAAAGCUGGCAAGGAGAAGCCAUGCCGGACUAGUAUCGACUUCAAAGCAGGUGGGCAGGAAACGUUGCAGUGGACAGAGGGACGUGGCGUUGGACUGCGAGCCCUCAGGCAAUUUUUGACAGUUUGACUGGCGGCAAAAACGUUUGUUGCAGAAUGUACCCACCCGCUCGUUCCGCAGCGAACACACGACUUCACAACGCGUGCAGAAGCGGCAACCAUCUCUCUCACGGCUUUGCUUGGAACACCGACCUUCUACUCCCUGCCAAGCCACCAGUCUUCCUUCGCCCCUCUACUCGCACGACCGAGUGCUACUGUGACCCACUUAGCACGUUCUCCUUCCCCUUGGACUGUUUCUCCGCACUCCGCACCAAGCGCAUCGAAGAAACCCCGACAAAGUCGAAGGCCUUUUUCCCGAACACUCGUCUGUUUCGUCUCUUUGUCCACCAACUAAUCAGCAGCUGCCGCCAAACACUUCAGAACACGAUGGAUCUCAAUGUGGCGACCGGUGUGGGUCAUCCUGAUGCGAGGACGGCCACCAACCAGGAUGCCUCGUUUGCCAUGUUCAAGCACUUUCUCAACAAUCCCGGCCUUGAGCUGGAUGACCUUGGACCGCUAAUCACUCCGCCGCUUCAGCCGUACAUGCCACCGGCAUCGGUCAUGCAUGCCAUUCCUCCGUCUGAGAUGCCUUACAUGGCCAAGUCAACCCCGACGACUCACUUUGGCUCGUUUAUGGCUGACGAGGUGGACCAAGUGUCGGAGAACUCGCUCUUUGCUCAGCUUCCAGUCCCGCCCUCGGUCUCGUACGACGUCAUGCACGACAUCUACAACCAGGCCAACCGUCUCGACAACCCGACCGCCGCCGCCGUCGUGCCGAGCAGUAUGGUGCCGCAGCCUGUGCCUGUGCAGUCGGUCCCACCGCCGACGUCGGGUCAGCAGCAGCAGAGCCGGAAGCGGGCUGCGCCGCAGGCGUCAACAGACGAGCCGACGUCGAAGAAGGCCAAGGCCAGCGGCAACAAGGGCCGCGGCAAGGCAUCCAAGUCCAAGUCGCAGUCUGGCUCGGGCAAGCGCGACCCGGUGAAGCGGGCAGAGCAGAACCGGCGGGCGUCGAAGCGGUACCGCGAGAAGACCAAGGCGCGGUUUGCCGAGCUGGAGUCACAGCUCGACGCGCUCAAGGCUGAAAACGAGGCGCUCAAGAAGACUGACGACGCCGAGAUGGCGUGUCGUGCGCGCGGGAUGCAGUCGUGGUCGAGCGCGCUGGCGUGCGACCCGGAUCCGGCGUUCAAGGGCGACGGCUCGUCGUGCAUGGGCCCGACGCCGUCGUCGCAGCUGACCAAGUUUAUUGGCGACGAUGGUCAAGUUGUCGACCCGGAGAGCUCCGAGUUCAAGAACGUGCUGAUCAACGCGGAGCGGCAGGAGCGGUACGACCGCGAGCGGGCAAGCGAGGACGCGAUGAUCCAGCUGCUGAAGGACAUCGACCCCGACCCCACGGCGCCUGCCCCGCGGCCUUCUGCCUCCAACAAGUCGCCAUUUGAGAUCCUGACGGCGUCCAACCCGCUCGGGCUGAGCGAGACCCAGAUUGCGCAGAUGACCGAGCUGCGGCGGAACCACACCAAGGCUGUGGCGGCGAUUCUCCGCCGGCGCUCUGCGCUCCUCUCAUCGUUGCGGGCGCUGAUGCGCGAACACAUGGCACACCUCUACCAGCUCAAGGCGGAAGGCCAGUCCCUGGCCGACGUCCCAGCCGUCUCGGUCAUGGCCGGCCUCAUCCACUCGCUGCGGCAGAACUUUGCCCAGGAGACGCGCCACAUGGACCGGAUCGUCAAGGCCUUUUACAAGAUGCUCAACCCGAGCCAGGAGGCUAGGUGGCUGGUCGACAUGUGCAACGUCCGUUACUGCCGCUUUGCCGUCCUCAUGUCGGUGUGGAAGGCGGCCCCAAAGCUCCGUGUGGAGACGUCGGACCCACUCGAGGCCAUGAUCAACGACUCGCUCUCCAAGGCCCUCUAGCCGCCUCCUGUGAUUGGCCACCAGGCGAGACAAGGUCCCCACCCUCCAACGCGGGGCGCUGGCUCACCACGUGUGUGGGUGCCACCAUCCCCUGCCCGAGGCGACUCUUUUCCAUUGAAUCCAUUCCCGCACACAUCCACUCCCAAGCAUCACCAUCCCUGCGUCCUGCGUCCUGCUUUCCGCCACAUCGCCGAGUCGCACUACCAUCUGCCCAACUCUACCCAGUUAAUGCCUGCGGCGGUUGUCGCUUU